UUGACAGCCCAGGCGGAGACGGUUGGAAGUUGGUUCAGGCUGAAGAUGGCGCGGAAGCCGGAGCUGUUGAUGAAUUACCUGACUGAGGUGGAAGAGCUGGCGGAGAGUUUGUUGGCCGAUAAACAGCAGAUCGUUGACCUUGAUUUGAAGAGAAAUCAGAACCGUGAAGCACUGAGAGCCCUAUGUAAGAACACUGAGAAGUCUGGCAAUGUGAUGGUUUGUUUUGGAAACAUGUUUAUCAAAUUCCCCAAUUCUAAAACUAGAGAGAUGAUCCAGAAAGAUCAAGAACAAUUGGAUAAAGAGAUACAUAAGCUUUAUAAGCAGCUGAAAGUGAAAGUUAAUCAUUUGAAUGAAGCUCAAGGAAAACCUGAACUUAAAGGAUUCAAUCUUUCCCCUUUAACUCAAGAAGAAUUGAGUGCCAUUGAGAAGACACUGAAGAGCUGAAAGUUGCUUAUGCCUUGUAAAUUGGUGAGAACUGGGCAGAAUACCAUAUAUUGGAGGAACAGCUACUUUGGAAACCAUAGACAGCAUGUUUGCAACUUGGGCCAUAAAAGAUGUGGGAUUUUUUUUCCAACAUUGCUCAAGUUCCAAGGUUUACCAGAUCGCUUUCAGUGGGAUUAUGAUAUUUGAAAUCAUUAAUCCUUGAAUCAUUCAAGAAGAGUGUCAUUUUAUCCAUGUCUAUUGGUGGCCAACUUCCUCUCCUUUCUUCCCAGAAUUUGCCUGGGACUUGAACAGUUACAAUAACUUGCCACAGCUGACUACUCGGCCAGUGUACUUUACGAAUAAAAUUGCUGGAUUUCUGAAUUAAA